AUGCACGGGCUUGGAAGAGCACAGGUGCGGCCACUCGCCAAAGGCAUCCGCGCCCCGACCCCACACAACAUGAAUACCCUUCCGCUUCUCGUCUUCCUCGGACUCGCCGCUGCAGUGCCCACAGACAAUGACAAUACCGUGUGCGGUUACGUGUGCAGCAAACACGCCACUCCCUGGAUCGUGUCCUUCAACGCCGGCUACCAUCUGUGCGGCGGCGCUUUGAUUCACCCGCGCUGGGGGGUGUCCGCAUCUCACUGUUACCAAUCGAACAUAAGUGUUCGUCUGGGCGAACAUGAGAUCACGGCUUCGGAGGGGUCGGAGCAGUUCAUCGAAUCAGACAUAGUGAUCAGACAUCCCAAAUACGAUUACCACACCCUGGCCAACGACAUCAUGCUGAUCAAACUGUCCCGGCCCGCCGCCAUGAACCGCAAUGUGGUCGGUUCCCUGCCCACGCAGUGCGCCCAGACCGGCGACAUGUGUCUCAUCUCCGGCUGGAGCCGCGCCAUGGACCCGGCGGUUCGCUACUACAAUUGCUUGGUCUCCCCGGUUGUCCGUGACGCGGACUGUCGCGGUUCCUACCCGGGAAUUAAUACUGACAACAAGAUGUGUCUCGGCUACAUGGAGGGAGGCCGCAACAGCUGCGAGGCUAAUUCUGGUGGGCCAGUGGUGUGUAACGGAGUGCUCCAGGGGGUGGUGUCGUGGGGAUAUGCGUGUAUUAUGUGUGACUAUCCAGGAGUGUACACUCGCGUCUGCAACUACGUCACCUGGAUCGAUGACACCAUCGCGGCAAACUGAGCCCGUGA